AUGGCAUCGCGAAAUGACCAAACGCUGUAUGUACAAAAGUCUGUGUGGAAUCGCCGACAAUUUAAACAAUCAAAAUCGGCUUUGAAAGCGGCUAAACGUCUUAUCAUUACUAAUGAAAUUGGAAAAGAAACGAAAGAUCUUCGACAAAGAAAUAGUGAAAUACGACAUGAAAUUGAUCGUCAUGAUUGUCAAUUGAAAAGACAUCAAGAAAAAUUAGAAAUACUUGAUAACAUGACACAAUUAGCAUCACAAUCAUUAGAGACUUAUUUUGAUAAAAGGAUGGAGAAUUUACGUACAUUUGUUGAUAAACGGCGUGCAGAAAUAAUCGAAGCUGUUCAAGAAGAAGCUGAUCAUUGGAAAGAAAUUCAUGCAUUAUUAAAUCAAAAACUACUCAUACCUGGAGAUGUGCGUUCGUAUAAAACUCUACCACGCGCAGUUAAACAAAGUCCAUCCGAAGAUUUACAUGCAAUUGACGAGGAAGAAGAUGAAGAUAAUGUGUCACAACUACUCAAUUCACAAACUCUUACACCAUUACUAAAUCGUACAUUAAGAAAAACACGUUUAAGAUUAUCAAAAUUGGCCACGGAACAAUUACCACAAUUGAAUAUCAGUGAAUCAAUCACUGAUCAAUCAUUAUUGGGAAACGACUCACCUUCAACAACCAUUAUCGAGGAAAAUGAACUACAGGAAAACCAAAUAAGUUCUCAUGAAAAUUUAGUGAUGUCAAAAGUUGAGAAUGAGCGCUAUAGUAUUUGUAAUAACAACUUGAAUGAAGAAUCGCCCAUGAAUACAAAUAAUCAUUCAGAAAUACAACAAGAGCCAUUAUCAACAGUUUCUACAUCGUCAUCGGUUAAGGAUAAAACAUUUUUUAUUAAAUCAGUGAUAGACAAAGAUGAAACCGAAGAAGAGCAGAACGAUGAUACAAUUCAAAACAAAACUACGCUAGAGCUGGAUGAAUGUUCGAAUCCAUGUGAUAAAAAUGAUAGACAAUCAUUAUUAUUAACUGCCGACAGAUCAAUUCGUAUUCAUGUAUCAGAAACUCCCCCAGUUCAAAGUGAUAAUGUUAAGCAAGAAAAAUCGAAUCAUUUAUUCUUCGAUUCGUUAUCGUCUCAAAACGAUAAAAGUAUACAUAGUAAUAACACUGAAGCAGAUGAAACAUUAAAGGAACCAAUACCAUUCAAUGAUCAAUCAGCCAAAAAUGAUCAAGCUGUUGAUGUUGAUAAUGGUAACGAAUAUUUAAUAGAAAAUCACCCUAUUCCUCUAGAAAAUCUUGAAAAAAUAGUUAUUAAACAAGAAUUUGAUGAUAAAAACUGGAUUUUACCCACUCGAAGAAAGUCAUCCUAUGGUGUGAAUUUUGUUAAAACAGAAUUUGAAAGAGAAAACGAAGAUAGUCUUGAGGAUCAACAAGAAAUGACAAGCAGAAGACCAAAUAAUAAACUUGGUAAAACGUUUUUAAUCACAAUCGAGACAGAUGAAUCUGACGAAUCUGAAUACUUGAGACCAACAAUAUCGGAAGAAAAACGAAGAGCCACUAUUAAGCCAUCCAUCGUAGAAUCCUCUUCUCAUCAAACUGAUUUGGUACUUGUAACAAAUGGUAAAAAUGCAACGUUAGAAGAACAAAAAAGCAAAGAAAGUAUGUCGAUGGAAAAUCAGAAAGUUUCUGAAGAAGAACAACAACAGCAAAAUAUAUUCUCCGAUCGUCGUCAAACAAGACCAUCAACAGCGCUCAAAGUCAGAACGGAUGAUAGUGAAACGAUAAAGCCAUCUGUCAAUAAAAGAAAAACAUUUAAAAGUCCACCGCAUAUUCAAGAUAUUUUUCCAGAUAAGAGAAGAACACGACGUACCGUCCGACCAAUCGAUAAUAGUGACAAUGAAAAUGUGGCACCAGCACCACAAACCGACACAAAAGUACGUUAUCAAACACGAUAUUCUACUAGGCGAAUGCAAAUCAACACUAGUAGUGAAAAUAUUGAUCAAAUAACAACAACAACAACAAAAACAGAAACAUCUCGUAGACAAACAAGAAGAACCGAACAAAUCAAAACGCCAGCAAAACUACGUUUACGAUCAACAUCACGAGGAAAGAGAAAUGAAGAUAGUAGUAGCGAUGAGGAACAAAAUUCGAAUGAAGCGACAAUAGCAAAUUCGGUAUGUGAGAUGUGA